GGAAGAUGGGGCGGGGAGGAAACCAGCCCGCAGCGGGGAGAUAAAGUCCAACCUCCCCCGGCUUUCGUCGGUCCUGGAGAGGUUGACCCAGUCUGGGCACCGAUGAGGCGGCUCCCGGGCUCCACGAGACAGGCAGAGAUGCAGCUGUUCCUUCUCACGGUCCUGCUGCUGGCCUCCACUCCGGGCUCUUGGGCUCGAAACGUGAGGCGCCAGAGUGACACCUGGGGCGCCUGGGGCGAGUGGAGCCCCUGCAGCCGGACCUGUGGAGGAGGCAUCAGCUUCCGGGAGCGCCCCUGCUACUCCCAGAGGAGAGAUGGAGGCACCAGCUGCGUGGGCCCCACGCGCAGCCACCGCACCUGCCACACCGAGAGCUGCCCAGAUGGCGUGCGGGACUUCCGGGCCGAGCAGUGCGCAGAGUUCGAUGGCACCGACUUCCAGGGCCGGCGCUACCGGUGGCUGCCCUACUACGCGGCCCCAAACAAGUGUGAACUGAACUGCAUUCCCAAGGGGGAGAACUUCUACUACAAACACAGGGAGGCCGUGGUGGACGGGACACCCUGCGAGCCUGGCAAACGGGACAUCUGUGUGGACGGCAUCUGCAGAGUUGUUGGCUGUGAUCACAAGCUAGACUCCACCAAGCAGGAGGACAAGUGUCUGCAGUGUGGGGGUGAUGGCUCAACCUGCUACCCUGUCACAGGAACCUUUGACGCCAACGAUCUCAGCAGAGGCUACAACCAAAUCUUCAUCAUUCCUGCUGGGGCCACCAGUAUUCGCAUUGAGGAAGCCGCGGCCAGCAGGAAUUUCCUGGCCGUGAAGAGCGUCGGUGGAGAGUACUACCUCAACGGGCGCUGGACCAUUGAGGCAGCCCAGGCCCUGCCAGUGGCCAGCACGGUCCUACAGUAUGAGAGGGGUGUGGAGGGGGACCUGGCCCCUGAGCGGCUCCAGGCACGGGGCCCCACCUCGGAGCCCCUGGUCAUCGAGCUCAUCAGCCAGGAGCCCAACCCCGGCGUGCACUACGAGUACUACCUGCCGUUGAAUGACCCCGGCCGAGGCUUCAGCUGGAGCCAUGGGUCCUGGGGUGACUGCAGCGUGGACUGUGGUGGAGGUCACCAGACUCGCCUGGUAUUCUGCACUAUUGACAACGAGGCCUACCCGGACCAUCUGUGCCGACACCAGCCUCGGCCAGCCCACCGACGUGCCUGCAAUCUUCACCCCUGCCCGAAGACCAAGCGGAUCUCUUUCCUGCACCGUCCGGGAGCGUGGCGCCAUUCUGGGGCCCAGCAUAUGUGUGGGAACAGCUGGAAGGUAGGACCGUGGACACCCUGCUCAGUCUCCUGUGGGGGUGGAUUCCAGUCUCGCUCUGUCUAUUGCGUAUCCUCAGAUGGGGCUGGUGGCCAGGAAGCUGCUGAGGAGACCCAGUGUGCUGGUCUACCUGGGAAGCCCCCUACCACACAGGCUUGCAACCGGCAACGCUGUGCAGCCUGGAGCGUGGAGCCGUGGGGAGAGUGUUCCGUUACCUGUGGAGCUGGCAUCAGGAAGAGGAGUGUCACCUGCCGGGGGGAUCAGGAGUCUCCGGUCCAUGUCACAGCAUGUUCCUUGAAGGACCAGCCAAGCCCCACUGAGCCCUGUGUGCAAGAGGCCUGUCCUGUGCUCCGUGGCCAGGCCUGGCACGUAGGCGCGUGGAGUCUGUGCUCUAAGAGCUGUGGCUUGGGUACUCGGAGGCGACAUGUCACCUGCGCCAUCGGGCCGCCCGGUCACUGCAGGGACCUGCAGUCAUCCAAGCCCGCUGAGGCGGAGCCCUGCAACAGACAGCCCUGCCAUCUUCCUCAUGAGGUCCCUAGCAUACAGGACUCACGGACCCGCCCCUCACACCCCAGGAUGCCUUUAGGCCCUCAAGUGUCCCCAGUCUCAGAUGCUAGAGACCAGUGGUGGGCUGCCCAGGAGCGACCCAGGGCUCAGAGUAACCCCAGAGAGGGCCAGGAUCCCCAGCUGUCGGCUGCAGGCCGGGCCCCCACUCUGCAGCACCCUCCACACCGGCCACCCCUGAGACCUAACUCAGGACCCCGUGACUGCAGACACAGCCCCCACGGAUGCUGCCCUGAUGGCCACACACCAUCUCUUGGGCCACAGUGGCAAGGCUGUCCCCUGGCUGGGGCCUCGUGUCUUCAGAGCAGGUACGGAUGCUGCCCCGAUGGGGUGUCUGCAGCUGAGGGGCCCCAGCAGGCUGGCUGCCCCAGGUCUCACGGCAGGGACAAUACCGGGAACAGGCCAGGGUCCAGGGCAGUGGCUUCCAAGGUCCCCCAGAUCCACCAACCCCAGGCCCAUCAGAGCGAACCCAGAGAGUGUCGGGCCUCUCAGUUCGGCUGUUGCUAUGACAACGUGGCUUCUGCAGCUGGUCCCCUGGGGGAAGGCUGUGGGGGCCAGCCCAGCUACGCCUACCCAGUGAGGUGUCUGCUGCCCAGCGCUCCUGGGUCAUGUGGAGACUGGGCUGCCCGCUGGUACUUUGUGGCAUCAGUGGGCCGGUGUAACCGCUUUUGGUAUGGCGGCUGCCACGGCAAUGCCAAUAACUUUGGAUCGGAGCAGGAGUGCAUGAAUAACUGCCGGGAGCACCACGAGCCCCGCCAUCCUGGGGCAGGGGCCUCUGGCCAUCAUGUCCACACGAACGGUGGCCAACAUGGUCCUGGAGGCCAGCAGGAACCCGAUUGGCACAGGACAAGAGCCACAGUCCCGAGACUGCCCUCACCUGGAAGCCCUUGGCAGAGAGGACAAGAGCCAGGGCCCGGGGAGGCGCCCCACCCCCCAGCCUAUGGAGAACGACCUGGAGAUCAGGAGCUCCGGCCUAGAGUUUCUGGACUGGGUAGAGAUGCUAGACCACCAGUGCCGCCCACACACAGCUCCUCCCACAGGAUCAGCUUGGCAGGCUCGGCGCCCUCCCUGGUUCAAGCAGCCGUCGGGCAGGCGGUACAGCUCUUUUGCCCUGGCAACACCUACCCGCAGUUCCAGGCAGGUUGGCAGAAAGACGGUGAGACCAUCUCCUCCGACAGGUACCAGCUACAGUCAGAUGGCUCCCUCAUCAUCAGCCCCUUGAGGCCAGAGGAUGCCGGUGUCUAUGACUGUGGCAGCCACAGGCCAGGCCAUGACCCCCAGAAAAUCCAGCUUCGAGUCACAGGGGGUGACACGGCAGUGCUAUCUGAGGUCCAGCCAAGACCGUUCCCUCAGACCAGGAACCCAGACCUUGGCCAUGGACCUCGGGACUCCGGAACAGGAGCAGGAGCUGGGGGCCAAGGGGCUACCUCUUCCCUACACCCCAGGCCUGCCACCAGGCUGCGUCUGGACCGGACUCGGCCUGGGGUGGUGGAUGCCAGUCCUGGCCAGCAGAUCCGGCUGACCUGCCAUGCUGAAGUCUUCCCAACCCCCAUCAUUGAGUGGCAAAGAGAUGGGCAGCUGGUCUCUUCUCCCAGGCACCAGCUGAAGCCCGAUGGCUCUCUGGUCAUCAGCCGAGUGGCCACAGAAGACAGUGGCUUCUACACCUGUGUUGCUUUUAAUGGGCAGGACCGGGACCAGUACUGGGUCCAGCUCCGAGUUCUGGGGGAGCUGACAAUCACAGGCCUGCCUCCGGUUAUGACGGUACCAGAGGGCGACACGGCAAGGCUUCUGUGUGUGGUGGACGGAGAAAGUGUGAACAUUAGGUGGUCCAGGAAUGGACUCCCAGUACAGGCAGAUGGCCACCGUGUGUACCAGUCCCCAGACGGCACACUGUUGAUUCACAACUUGCAGCCCAGGGAUGAAGGCUCUUACACGUGCAGUGCCUACCGCGGAAGCCAGGCUGUGAGCCGCAGCACCAAGGUGAAGGUGGCCCCACCAGGAUCAGCCGCUCGGUCCGGGAACCUGGGCAGGGAGUGCAUCGACCAGCCGGAGCUGGCCAACUGUGCCUUGAUCCUCAAGGCCCAGUUCUGUGGCAAUGAAUACUACUCCAGCUUCUGCUGUGCCAGCUGCUCUCGCUUCCAGCCAAACGCCCAGCCUGCCGGGCAGCAGGGAUGAAGGCAAGCCGCGGCGCCAGUUCCGGACAGUUUGCUGGGGAGAGGGGAUGGUAAGACAGGGCUUGCAGAGGGAGUCACCUUUCAGAUACCGGCCCUCUCAGAAACCCAGGGCUAAGCCCCAGCAGCUGCCAGUGCCAGCCUCCCCCUGUAGUGCUCCGCAGGGGCUGUCUGAUCUGACCUCAGGCUGCCGCGAAGAGGAAUCUGCCUAUACAGAACUGCUACUUUACACCUCUCUCUCUCUAGUUUCUGCUGCGUUGAGGAUCCUUUAUCUGAAAUGUGUGGGACCAAAGGGUUUUAAACUUUUAAAUAUUUGCAGACUUUACUAAUUGAGCAUCCCUAAUCUAAAAAUCUGAAAUGCUCUGAAGCUUGAAACACCCAAAUGCCAGGUCAGCCUUCAAAAAUGUCUGAAAGUAUGUUUGAUUUUGAGUGAGGGAUGCUCAAUUUGUAGAGGAUCCACUCAGCACAGCGCAGAGCAAGCUGGGUGGGGAGGUCUGUGACAGGAGGGAGUGGUAACUGCUCAGUCACAAGUAUGCUGUGCUAGAACCCAGUCACUGGUCAGGUGGUGAGCUGUCAAUCAGGCCUUUUCAUCUUCCUAGGAGGUGGCACAGCUGGCAUCAACGCCCUCACUGUAUGGAGUCCGCACUGAUGCUCGGCAAAGCUCUCAGCAGGGUAGAUACAACCAGCAGGCCUCAAUGUAGGCUUGUGGGGUGAAGAAACCAGACAGCACUGUAAUCUGGGUGUGAAGGAACUGGGAAAGAACUACACCAAAGAGAUGGGCCUUGAAGCUCUCUGGGGCUGCCUCACAAUGCGGGCUGGGAAGGUUCACGUGCUUCCUCCUCCUUUACACAGUUCACGGGCCUGCUCUGAGCAGCCAAGAGGAGCCAUGGUUCCUUAAGUGGGAAUCUGUGGAUCAGAAUAUUUGUUGCUAGAGAAAAAUCAGAACUAUGCUGAGAACAGCAGCUGGGGGCUGGUGAGAUGGCUCAGUGGUAAAGUACUCACUGCCAAGCCUGACGACUGGAGUUUGUUCCCUGGAACCUACUGGUGGAAGGCAGAACUGACUCAGGCAAGUUCUUCUCUGACUACUAGGUGUGCGCAUGCGUGCUCACACACACACACACACACACACACACACACACAAAAACUGGGAAUGGUGGUGUGUGCAUGCCUAUAAUCCCAAAGCUUGAGGGGCUGAAGCAGGAUGCCCCAAGUGUAAGCCAGCCUGGGCCACAGAGUGAAAUCCUGUCUCAAAGUAAACAACGCCCCCCCCCCAACCCACAAAACCCAGUAUUAGCAGGAUGAGGGGGUGCAAGGUCACAAUUGGGGAAGUGGUUUUAGUAGUCUGAGAUGUAGGAAGGGAUCCUUCGUCUUUUAGAACCUCUGAUUUCUUAAUAAUAACACUCAAGGAAGAGGCCUGCAAGAAUGAACUUCCAAGGCUUUCCCACUUUCACUCUCUGAUUCCCCUAGAAGACUAUCUAGUAUCAAAGGUAACCAUGGGACCAAAGCUCUGACAUUGGCUGGAAAACAAAGCUUCAUGUAUAAGUGAUGUCUCAGACCAUCUAGCUCAACAAAGAGAGAGGCAGAGCCUGCCUCUUUAAGAGAUGAGGAACAUCCGGGUGUCAGCUGUUUGCAGGUACAAGUAGGGGGCUGAGAAGUGAGUGGUAAACUACACUAGUCCAGGGGUGCUUAACCUGCUAUACAGAGCUUAACAAACCACCAAAAACAAUCUCCUCAAGAUCUAAAGUACAACUUGGUGUUCUUCCCACUGAAAUCCUGAUUUAUUGGUCUGGUGAAUAGGCUGGGUAUUAUAGGUGUCGUGUGUGUGUGUGUGUGUGUGUGUGUGUGUGUGUGUGUGUGUGUGUGUGUGUGUGUGUGUUGUGAGCACUGGGGGAUCUUUUUUUUUUUUUUUCCGAGACAGGGUUUCUCUGUGUUGUUUUGGUGGCUGUCUUGGAACUCGCUCUGUAGACCAGGCUGGCCUCGAACUCACAGAGACCUGCUUGGCUCUGCCUCCCGGCAUGCUGGGAGAUCUUAAAGCAUGCUGAACACACAUUCCUCUGAGCUACACCUCAGGGAUUCCAACAGACAGCUAAGGCUGAGAAGCAAUGCUCUGUCAGGUAGUAGUGGUGCACGCUUUUAAUCCCAGUACUUGAGAGGCAAAGGUAGGUGGAUCUGUGAGUUCGAAGCCAGCCAGAGCUACACAGUGAGACCCUGUCUCUAUACACACAGCACCACUCCACCCCCUAAGAGUCUCCGGCUUCUGGGUGUAGUCCCGACUGGUGCUGCAGAUUAGACUCUGAGCAUCAGAGUCACAGGUGCACCCAUGACGUUUAAGGAUAAUCAGUCCCAAACGAGAAAUGGGCAGUAGAGAGAGAAGUAAAAAAACACAACUGUAAACUCAUUUGCAAAUAAGAACAGCCCAUUGUGGGCAAAAGCUUCUACCACGAACAUUUAUUUUUGUUAAAGCAGAUUAUAAAUUCUCAUCAGUACAAAUAUAUAUAUAUAUAUGUAUAUAUAACUUACAUUUGAUUGUAAGGCCAACGUUCAAAAGUAAAAAUGAGAUGGGGUCUCACGGUGUUAGCCGAGGUCAAGUAGCUGCAACUGGCCAUAUGGGAUGUUCUGUUCAUGACGGGAAGGGGACUGACACACAGAGCAGAUAAAUCCAGAAUCCUCGUCCUACAAAACUUAUGGGAACAAAACGUCAAGGGUAACCCAUUCAGACCCACACUACAAACCAACACAACAGCCUGCGUCCCCUUCUGGAUACGAUGAUGUCUCUGUCACCUUGACGAUGAAGGAUCAACAGGAGGCGAUUGCAAUGAUACACAAAAGAUAAUACACAUUCUCUAGAGUGUAGACUGAUUCCAUCAAAAUAAUGACAUUAGAAUUUCACCAUAGGUUUAAAACAAGACAACACUGCUUUCGAUUUAUUUAGAACUACAACCUAGUGACUGUACUGGUCAUCAGUAUGAUUGUUGUUGCAAUGCACUAGUUACGAUGAAUGAUCACAGACAAGCCAGGGCUCCUGCCUACAUUUCCCAACCCUCCCUCUUUACUUCAAUAGGCAUCAAUGAUAAAUCAAUCUUAUGUACAAUUUCUUACAACUAACCCGCUCACUUUUGGCAAGAUUACUUACAACUCAUACAACUUUUUAAUAUUGAGAACUAUUUAAAAUAUUCUAGGUGCAUAAAAAUAAAGAUUUGGCUUUUUUGAUAUAUAUAUAUAUAUAUAUAUAUAUAUAUUUAUAAUAUUUAUCCUGUUACUCAAAAUGGAAGCUCAGCUUUAUCCCCAGUACAUAGCUCUGCUGGGCAGCUGCUGCUGUGCCCUCCUGUGAACCCAGCAGGCCAUGGCCUGCCUUGCUUCCCAGCCUGCACAAGCCACACUGUUCUCUAUAGAGCUAAGACAGGCCAGUCCUGGGAGGAAUGGGUGACUGGCUUGAAAAAUAAAGGGAGAUUGUUUGGCUUA